AUGAGCGGUUCCAAAAAUCACGGCAAGGAGGGAAGCAAGAAGGGAAAGGAAGUUGAGCGUCUCGGCAUCAUGAACGUCGAGGUACCCACGCAGACGAAGAAGCCCGAGAGUAUGCCGAAACUGUGUACAUGUUAUCAUCUUUGCCAGCACAAGAAAAUGGCGCGAUAUGAGCAGAAUAAAGGGAAGAAGAGGGAAGAGAGACCACAUGUCCAUGGUGUUUUGCGUCAUGCGGAGCGGAAGGCUAAGAAGUAUAUUAUCGACUGA